AUGAUGAAUUUGGAUUUAUUACCCAACGAAAUCUUACUUAUUCUAUUUGCUUAUUUUAAUGGUAUUGAUCUUCUUCAUGCAUUCUAUGGUCUCAAUUCUCGCUUCAAUCUUCUUCUCUACAAUCAAUUUCAAGCAUAUUAUUUUUGUUUUUCCUCCUUGUCCAAACGUAAAUUCGCCAUGAUAUGUCAACAACAUUUACCAUUUAUUUGUGAUCGAAUUAUUACUCUUACUCUUACUGACGAUGAAGAUACUCCAGAAGAAAUUGAUUUAUUUUUUUCAUUGAAUUACUCACCAUUAGGUGUUCAAUGUGAAGUACUUUUUAUUAAUGUUAAAAAUCGUGAAAGUAUUAUGAUCCUUGUCAAAAAUAUGAUUAAUCUUCGAACAUUACAUAUUAAAUGUGAAGAUGACAAGUAUUCUAAACAUUUGUCAUUAACAGAAAAUGUUGAUGAAUCUCACAAUGCAAAUACAUUAAACAAAGAUGACCUUGUUCAAUGGUUAAAAGAUAGUUUAGCAUCAACAUGUUUGAUUGUCACUAAUCCAGAUUUUGCCAAUUCUAUUUCAAUUUGGAUUUAA